GUCGCGGCGCUUGCCCUCAGUACACCGCCGGACGUAGUACCGCGAGCAGGUGUCGAGUCCGAAGUCUCCGUCAGAGGCUCCGUCGUUUUCGCCCUCCGUCUACCGACUGGCACGCGGUUCUCUCGAACCGUUCGACCCGCACACCGAUCAGGGGUGAAAGUUCAAUCGGGGAAAUAAAUCGGGGGAGUAAUUGUCGCGAGAAGAAAAAAGGCGCGAGUUUUCGAAUCUGUUUUGUGAUUUUCUUUCGAACGAUCGCAAUCGCGCGGUGGUGUGUGAAAAAAUGAUCGGUGAUAAUUGACGAGAUCGUCAUUGGAACGGGAUCCAUCCGACCCUCUUCGUUGUUCGACCGUCUCGUUACUCGGAGUAGGAAAGUAAGACGAACCGUUAGGUGCGUCAAUUUCAACGGCGAAAGUCAACGGAGUCCACUCGACUGAUGAUCUUCCGUACAAACGAAAGAUAGAUGAAAAUAUUCCGACUAACGCGGAAUCGCAGUAGCCGCUCGUGAGGGGAACGAGAGAGAGAGACCGGAGACUGGUCGCAAUAAAGUGCUCGACUGCGAGAGUUGGAGGAAAAAUUGAACGAAAUAGACAAAGAAUAGAUGAAUCGUAGGAUCGUUGGAAGAUAUCAGAGCGAAGAAUUCCGCAAUCGUAAUCGAGUACCACGUGUUUAAGCGUCGUAACGAUACACGAAUAAUUCCAAGUCCCGGGCCAUUCCAUCGAUUUUGGUCGAAAAGCAGCCAUCGGUUCGCUCUCGAUCAAUCGAGCAGUAAUAAUUUCUCGACACAUGUACACCGAUACGUAGUAUACUCGGUAGAGUUAAAGCUGCUGAAAAUACUUCAACCACUGGAUCUACACCGCGGAGUGCAAGUAGCUGCGAAUAACAACAGGUGGUUUAUAAGUAAGUGCCUGUAUUCCUGGCGUUACGUUCUAGUCAUCCGCCUCAGGAUUGAAGAAUUACUCACGACGCGUUUUCGAGUAUAAUUCGACGGGAAUUUCAUCGGCCGUUUCGAAGGAUCGUCAACGGUCAGCUGCGACGUGACGCUCGCUGUCCAUAGAAGAGGAGGGAACCAGAGGGGGAAUAUUUUCUGGAAUACACGUUGAUAAAAUCAACGACACAAUUGACACCCAAAUAACUUACAUCCCUAGCGAAGAAAGACGUUGGUGUCACUUUUGCGGCUCGGAAAUGAGAUUAAUGCAAAGACUCGCCAUCAGCGGACUGCUGUCCGUGAUGCUGAUCGUCCUUUUGACCGGGACGUUUGUCACCCGUCGCGAUUUACCUGCGAACGACGAACGCGGUGUCGGACCCGCCGAACAAGUGCCUGGUCAGGGGAACCCCGGAUGGGCCGAUAACGCUAUACCCGAACAGGACUUCCAACGAGUCCUUCAAGUGGCACCUGUGGAUAAUUCCGUAGCCGCGGGACCCUCGGGAGUCGGUCCAGCUCCCGCUCCUGAGAAUGGACCGUACAUCGUCAGAGAGCAGAGCACGCUCGACGACGUCUCGUACCAAAGACGAGAAAAAGUCAAGGAGAUGAUGAAGCACGGUUGGGACAACUACGUGAGAUACGCGUGGGGUAAGAACGAAUUACGUCCGAUAUCCAAGAAGAGUCACAGCGCGAGUAUUUUCGGUGCCACGAAUAUGGGAGCGACGAUCGUCGACGGUCUUGACACACUUUACCUCAUGGGACUCCACGACGAAUUCAAACAAGGUCGCGACUGGAUCGCCGAGAAUUUGGACUUUGACCUGAACAACGAGGUGUCCGUUUUCGAGACGAACAUUCGGUUCCUGGCGAGUCUUCUUUCGAAUUACGCUCUGACCGGCGACGUUAUGUUCAGAGACAAGGCUGCUCAACUCGGAGAACGUUUACUUCCGAGUUUCGACACGGAAACUGGAAUCCCCAGAUCUCUCAUAAACCUCCGCACCGGGGCCAGUAGAAAUUAUGCUUGGGCGAGCAGCGGGUGCAGUAUUUUGUCGGAGAUCGGUACCAUGCAUUUGGAAUUUUCUUAUCUGAGCGAUAUAACUGGAAAUCCAAUAUUCAAGGACAAAGUUAGGAAAGUCCGAAGAGUGUUGAGGGAUUUGAGCAAACCCAAAGGUCUUUAUCCAAACUACAUCAACCCCAAGACUGGAAGAUGGGGACAACAUCACAUGUCUCUCGGUGGACUGGGCGAUAGCUUUUACGAGUAUCUUCUGAAGGCAUGGCUUCAGUCCGGCCGGGAGGACACCGAAGCUAGAGAGAUGUGGGACGAAGCAAUGGACGCCAUAAUCAAACACAUGAUCGUUAAAUCUAAAGGUGGACUCAUAUACGCUUCCGAUUUGAAGUACGAUCGUCUAGAACACAAAAUGGGUCACUUGGCUUGCUUCUCAGGUGGUAUGUUCGGCCUCGGUGGUAAAACUCUCGAAAAUGAGGCGGCUAGCAAGUACAUGGAAGUUGCUGCCGGUCUGACCAAUACGUGUCACGAGUCGUACGACCGUGCAGCGACCAAACUUGGACCCGAAGCAUUCCAUUUCAUAGAAAAUAAUGAAGCGAGGAGUUUGAAGAACGGAGAGAAGUACUAUAUCCUUCGUCCGGAGACCUUUGAAUCGUACUUUAUCAUGUGGCGGUUAACCAAGGAUCCAAAGUACAGAGAAUGGGGGUGGGAAGCCGUUCAAGCGCUGGAGAGACAUUGCAGAGUGCCCGGUGGAUUCACCGGGUUGAGUAACGUUUACCUUCUCGAUACCCCGAAAGAUGAUGUUCAACAGAGUUACCUGUUCGCAGAGACUUUUAAGUAUCUCUACCUGUUAUUCAGCGAUGACGACCUGAUCAGUUUAGACGAGUGGGUGUUCAACUCCGAGGCGCAUCUGAUUCCGAUCAGAGGAAAUCCCAUGUACCGAAGGGCCCCAGAAUUAUAAGCCUAAUUCAUCGUAGACUCAGUAACUGUAAUUCCUGCACCUCACGGACGGGCAGUGUGAGAGAGAAUGGUUAAUGAAGGUUAGCGACUAAAUUUUCAACGAGAUAUUUAUGAGAUCCAGUUUAAAAAUAAUGAACUAUAGUAUCCUCGUUUACACGCAACACAGCGGCGAUCUCAAUGUCAGUGUCAUUGAACCGUCAAAGAUUGACUGAGGACUGCAUAAUCCAUUAUUUAAAUAAUUGAAUGAGUAACGAUACUAGCUAAGGAUGAUUAUUUGAGUUGAAAAUAUUUGUAUAUAAACUGUGAGAGUGAGUGCUUAAUGUCCAUCCGUUACAUCUACAAAAAAAAGAUAUGAUUAUACGUGAUCGUAUAUAUAUAUAUGUAUUCGACGUGAUUUUUUUUACUUUUUUUUUUUUUUGUCUCUGUCCAUCAUGAAUAUUGGUGUGCAUCGAACAGUUUGGUAUAUAAUAUAUUAUUAUAAUUUUGUAAAUCUAAAGCAAGUUAAACCAAAACACGUGAGCGCUGAGUAAAAUUAUUGAACGCGUGCGAGUGAGAAAAUGAUACCAACUGGUUAGCAGCGAAUGUUCGUCGUACCGAUGAUCGAGAUCAUUUUCCCAAUCCAGUCAUAAUUUCCCAUUGCCUCGGUGGGGGAACGAGCAAAAAAUAGAUGCGUGAUACAAAUUUACUCUCAUUCAUUAGUAUACAUGUAAUCUGUGAAGUAAUAAUUUUUGAGAUGUAGUUAGGGGAUGCUGUUUAUCGGUAAGUUGAUGAAGAUUUUUAUUUUUUUUUUCAUUAGAAAUUCAUGGAAGGGUUAUCCGGACCAUGUAAUAAGUUCAAUAAAACUUUCCACCGUCUCCUCCCUCCUUCUGAUUAGGGUCAUCAAUGAUGCGCUUUUACUACGACAAAGACGCGACAUAAAUUAUAUUAAAAAAAAAAAAAAUAAAAUAAUCGUUUCUAAUGUACAUACAAAGACGUAGUACGGGAGAGAAAAUUGAAUUUUAUUCGCUAGUUUUAACGACUUGUUCCAUACAAGCAGCGCUUCGUACUGAUCCAUACUUUUACUCAAAUUUUAACGAAUCGAACAACACCAGCAAACAAUAUUCCUGCUCUGCUCUGACACGGAGUAUGUUUUUCAAACUUACACCGAAAGAAACGAGACACGUAGCUGUACAAUUAUUAAACGAAAGCGAGUGUGCAUGUGAAGCGACGAUAAAUCCGAACUACGUAUAUAACGUAAGAGCCAGAGAUAACGCGAAUCGAUUUGCAACGUGUUAUUUAGCCGCCGAUGCAUAUAGUGGAUACAUUAAGAAUAGACUUGUAUAUAAAAUAUUAAAGAAAGUCGUAUUCUAUAAAGUGAAAUAGGAUAAUAGUUCAGUGGUAGAGCAGUGUGUUUGUUUAGUGCUUUUGAGAAUACCGUAAAAAACCAUCAUCUUGUUCGGAAAAAAUACAUGUUCCGUCGGUGUGAUUUCGAGCAGGAAAAUAAAAAUCGAUAUCUUUAUAGGUAUUUACUGAUAUAAUUAUACGCGUUACAUCCGUCGAUUUUUUUGAUUUCCAAUUUUCUUCAUCAUUUCGGACAUGUGCGUAUUGUAAUUCAUACAGCGUUUCAUCGCCUGAAAAUUCGCGGAAAGAAAGAGAAUCGUUACAUUUCAUACGUACAUACAUAAUUGUCUGGGCGGUUUAUGGCCAAAAGGUUACUUAAAUAAAAUACAUUCUAUUCCUGUUUGUUCUGCACCAAGCUCAUCGCGGUUCCUCAAUACUCAAUUCCAUAGUUUCUCUCGACUCGUAGAUGUCAUGACUAUUGAUCACCUCGUGAACUCAAAUUUUCUAUGCUUUGGAGGGCUCGACGUGUAGAAAAUAUGCCCCGGUGAGCUUUGGUGGCAUGUUCAGUUUCCUCGGGUAAUUCAUUUCGUGCUACUUAGUCCCUUUUGUUUCUCGAUUCGCGUCGCACAGAUAUGUUCGAUUCACGAUAUCGCAAAAUUUUCCAAUCCCCAUACAUAUAGUUAUAAUUACGCUACGCACGAAAUAUUAAUUGACCAGAUUUGUUCGUUUUUAUAAUACAAUCUUGUACACAACUGUCUGUUGACAAUAGUAAAUAACGUAUAAAUAUAAUAUACAUUAUGAUAUACAGUGAACCCUAGGCCAUGUCUAUAAUAAUAUAAUCUAUACAUACUUUUGUGAAUAGAUAUUUAAUAAUUUAUUCUUUAUUGAAGUGUUGACGUAUUUUAUUUUGUGGAAUAUAUCUAAUGGGGUUUGGGUACAGUAAUGAAUAACCUCGUGAAAUCAACAUUCAUACAUUCUUUAUUUCUUAAUACGUUAUCAAUUUCCAUAAUCAACAGCAAUGUGAGUAAUUUCAGUUUACACGAUUCGUAACAAUUCCAAAAUUAAACCUAUACGAUAAAUAAAACGUUUUUAAAAUACCAUAAAUAUUGUAAAUACAGUAUGCUGUAGUUAUAAAUGGGGUUUACUUUUAACAAUUUUAUGUGAUUCUUAUUUUAUUAUAAUAAUUAAAUAAAUAUUGAUACUACAUUA